CAUCUAUAGCAACCGGGUGCUUAAUAUCUAUAUAAACCUACUUGCCAGCAACUGUCUACCCUCAGCAGGCACUUGACACUGCUUGACAGAGAGAGAGAACUGCAGAUUGAAUAUUAGCUGAGGAAAAUGAGUGACAUUCACGACGACGGCAUUGCCAUCGUGGGCAUGGCAUGCCGCCUCCCCGGAGACGUGCAAGACGCCCAGUCCUUCUGGGACUUGCUGAUGAGCCAGAAACUCACGCGUGCUCCCUUCCCCGAGAGCCGCUUCAACCCUAAAGCCUUCUACAACCCGCAGAAAGGGCGGCCGGGAAACAUCCGGUACGAGGAAGGCUACUGCAUCUCCAAUGACCUGGAGGACUUUGACGCCGGCUUUUUCAACGUUAAUCCCACGGACGCCCAGUUCCUGGACCCCCAGCAGCGCGGGUUGCUGGAAUGCUGCUUUGAGUGUAUGGAGUCGGGAGGCAUUACCCUGGAGGAUGUCUCUGGCUCUACGACGGGUGUGUAUGUUGGGAGUUUUGCUAGCGACUAUGAGACGCUUGCGUUCAAGGAGCCAGAGCGUAUUGAGGGCAUGGCUGUGUUGGGCAUGGGAAGGACCACGAUCAGUAACCGUGUGAGCUAUAUGUAUAACCUCCACGGACCAAGUGUGACCAUGGACACAGCAUGUUCAUCAACGCUGUACGCUCUGCACUUCGCCGUGCAGGCCCUGCGCAACGGCGAGAUCCCCGCGGCCUUCGUCGGCGGCGUGAACCUGAUCCUCACCCUCGAAUACCACUUCGCCAUCGGGCAGAUCGGGGCUCUGUCGCCGAGUGCACAGUGCCACGCCUUCGACACCUCUGCAGACGGGUACUCGCGCGGCGAGGCAAUCAACGUGCUGUACCUGAAGCGCGUAUCAGACGCCAUUCGCGACGGCGACCCCAUCCGCGCUGUCAUCCGGGGGUCAUCCUUGACUGCAAACGGCAAAAACAACGGUAUAACGCUCCCCAGCGCACAGGCACAAGAACUCGCCAUCCGCACGGCCUACGAGCACUCCGGGCCUCUGGACUACAAUGCCGUGGGCUACGUCGAGUGCCACGGCACCGGCACGCCCGCGGGCGAUCCCAUCGAGACAACGGCGAUAGGAAAUGUAUUUGGCGCCCACCGCGAGUGGUUCGAGCCGUUGUAUAUCGGGUCGACGAAGCCGCAGGUUGGGCACGGUGAGGCCUGCUCGGCGAUUACCAGUAUUAUGAAGGUGGCGUUGGCGAUUGAGAAUGGGGUGAUCCCGGGGACGAUUGGGGUUACCAAGUUGAAUCCUGCGUUGGAUCUCAAGGGUGGUGCGCUGGCCGUACUCACCCAGAACACGCCGUGGCCAAAGGACAAGGCAAAGCGAGCAUCUGUGAACUCGUCUGGAUACGGAGGAGCGAACGGCCACGUCGUGAUUGAUGGAGUCGAUCAGUAUUUCCGCAGCAUUGGGAUGGAAAACCCCUGUAGUCAGGGCUCAACUGUAGAUGCCGACAGCACAAUCCUCCAGAACCGGUUCCUGCUGCCCGUCACAGGACAUGACGAGUACUCUAUGCGUGAGAGCCUGAAGAACCUGACGGCCGUCGUGGACAGCCAGGCGUAUGACUUCCACGAGUUGCUGCAUACCAUGAUAGCCCGUCGCACACGAUUCCACUACCGCGGUGUAAUCCCCAUUGAGCGAGGGAGCUCGCGCACUCUGACGAUGGGAGAGCCUGUCACUGGGCGUACGAACAACAGCGUCCCGGUCAUUGCUUUUGCGUUUACCGGCCAGGGCGCUCAAUGGGCUGAGAUGGGCCGCCAGCUGCUGGACUGCUAUCCGGCCGUGCAGCGGACAUUCAAGAAGCUGAACCUGGCCUUAUCCCAGCUCAAGCAGCGUCCGGACUGGACACUCGAGCAAAUCCUCUUCGAGCCCGCCGAAACAAGCAAAAUCGGCCAAGUCUCCUUCUCCCAGCCCAUCUGCACCGCAAUCCAGAUCGCCCUCGUCGACCUCCUGCAAGAAUGGGGCGUGAAGCCGCAGGCCACGAUCGGGCAUUCGUCCGGCGAGCUGGCGGCCGCGUACGCAGCGCAACUCAUCACGGCCGAGGAGGCAAUUGUCGCGGCGUACCUGCGCGGUGUGCAUGCCACGCUCACGCAGGCGCCCGGGGCAAUGAUGGCUGUUGCGAUGGGCGCACAGGAAGCUGAGGCGUUCCUGGCGCGCAACGAGAUCCCAGCCUCCGAUGUGGUUGUUGCGUGCGUGAACUCGCCGCAGAGCGUCACGCUGAGUGGCAAGACGGACCGCAUUGAUCUGCUGCAUGGGGUCUUGAAGGAGCAGGGGGCGUUGUGCAAGAAGCUGCCGACGGGUGGGAAGGCGUAUCACUCGCCGAGUAUGAAGGAGGUUGGGUCUGCGUAUAGUGAGGCCAUUCUGGAGGCGGGCAAUGAAGGUGGUGCCGUGCGUGCUCUUGCUCCAGUUGUUGAGGGUGAGAGACCUGUUAUGGUUUCUUCGGUGACUCUGCAGCAUCUCCAGCCGGGCGAUAUCAAUGGCACAUACUGGCAGGCGAACCUGGAGAGCCCGGUGCUGUUUGACCCUGCGAUGAAAGAGCUGUUAGGGCUGAAGUUCGGCCCAGAGGAGCGCCAUGUCGACUGCGUGAUUGAAAUCGGCCCUCAUAGCGCCCUCAAAGGCCCCAUCAAGCAGAUCAUCGCCUCGCAAGAAGUGCAGGACAUCUGGAAUGCGUCGCUGGGCACCGCAGCCAAAGUGACCUACGAGCAGACCCUCGAGCGAGGCCACGACGCCGAAGAGGACAUGAUGCGCCUGGCAACCAGUCUGUUCAUCAAGGGCUUCCCAGUCAAUAUGCUGCAUGUCAACGGCCAUCUGGUCUACCGUCCAUCGAAGGUCCUCAUCGACCUGCCCAAGUACCCCUGGAACCACGAGACAAAGCACCCCCUGAUCGUCAACCGGGCCACGCAGGACUACAAGUUCGCAACGCACCCUCGCCACGACCUCAUCGGCAGUCGUCUUCCUGGUGGAAACCGCAUGGAGCCUGUGUGGAGGAACUAUCUGCGUCUGGACGAUGUACCGUGGAUCAAAGACCAUGUGAUCGGAAGCGCCAUCAUCGUCCCCGGCGCAGCGUACCUCGCCAUGGCCGUCGAAGCCGCCGCCCAGUUCGCCGAAGACACAGCCCUAGGCGGCCCCCCCUUCUCCUUCGAAGAGGCCAAAUUCCACCUUCAAACAGUCACCAUCAAAGCCGCCCUCGUCCUCCCAGCCAGCGGCACCGCCGACAUCAUGAUCAACCUGCGGCCCACCGAAGCCUCCGCGGCGUUCAACCGGCUCGAAUUCAAGAUCUGCUCUGUGGCCGACGGCCGCUGGAUCGAGCACGCACAGGGCAUCGUCUCGAUCGAGUCCACGCACGGUAAACGAACGCCCAAGGCGCCCUUCAACGACGAGACCGAGGAGCCCGUCUUCGAGCAGACCUUUUCCAAGGACUCCUGGUACGAGCGCCUCAGAUACCGCGGAUUCGACUUCGGGCCGCGCUUCCGCGUCAUCGACGAGAUCCAAGUCCUGCCUAGUGCGUCACGCGCUCGUGCAAGGGCCCAUAUCCUGCAGACUGCGGAGCGGCAUGCCGCCAAUUCUAGCGAGUCCCGGUAUGCUAUCCACCCGCUGACCAUUGAUGCGGUGCUGCAGGGCCGCGUGGCGUCGGUGUAUACGAGCCGUGCGGACCGCGAGGAGGCUACGCAGAUCCCGGUCUUCAUUGAUGAAAUGACCAUCAGCCCGGCGGGCUGGGCCAAGGACGAGCCAGGGCUGAUUGACAGUGUGGCCUGGACGGAGGGGGCGCGCAGCGGAGGCUCGCACUCUGCGCUGACGACGGAGAGCGGGUUUGAGAUUAUCUCUGCAAGGAACGUGAAGUGGCGCCAGUUCGAGAACCAGGGGAGUCAGGAGAAGAUGAGCCAGGACUCGUCCGGGCGUGAGCCGUACUACCGCAUGCACUGGAAGCCGGAUAUCGACUUCCUGGAUACGGAUGGCGCGCAUAGACUGUACCACAGCGACUUCCAGGCUGCGGAUGGCAAGGCCUAUCUGGAUGAAGUGCACCAUAUCCGCACGCGGUUGGAGACGGUGACCGUGCUGUAUGUCUGCGGUGCACUGGAUAUGGUCCGCAGGGAGGAUCUCUCGACAGACCCGACGCUGAAGUGGACGCAUGGGUUCUACGACUGGCUGUGCCAUGUCAGGACUGAGGCAGCUGCAGGGCGCAUGGUGCUCUGCGAGCCAGACGCCACGAGGCUCAGUCCAGAACAGCGAGAGCAGCGCAUCAGCCAGCUGCUGGCCGAGCUGCCAGAGGACUUCCCCCAGCUCGAGUUCAACGCGAUUGUGUAUAAGAACAUGGUCGAGAUCAUGGCCGGCAAAGUGUCGAGCAUCGACCUCGCCGUGCAGGCCGAGAUCCUGGCGCGCGUGUACGCAGACGGGUCGAUCCACGACGCAGCACGCAAGAACCUCGCCUCGGUUAUCGAUAUCAUGGCGCACAAGAACCCCACGAUGCGCGUGCUCGAGGUCGGCGCCGGCACAGGGAGCUGCACGAGCGUUGCGCUGGACGCGCUGAAUGCGUACGACCGCGAUAUCGCCGGCCCCCAUCACCACCAUGCGAAGCGCUACCGCGACUAUACAUUCACGGACAUCUCGCCGGCGUUCUUCGAAAAGGCCGAGGAGCUGUUCAGCGCGUACCCGCCCAUGAUCUACCAGACCUUCGACGUGUCUGCGGAUCCGGCAUCGCAGGGCUUCGAGCUGGGGGCCUACGAUCUCAUCCUGGCGUCGAACGUGAUGCACGCCCCCGGCAACACGGACCAGCUGCUGCGGAACUGCAGCAAGCUGCUGAAGCCGGGAGGCAGGCUGGUCAUGCUGGAGAUCACCAAGACGGAGAGUCUUACGCCGGUGCAGUUUGCGUUUGGCACGCUGCCGAGUUUCUGGGAGUGUCUGGACGACGUGGAUGCGGAGCGUCCACUAGGGCCCUUCCGGAGCCUGGAGUCGUGGGAGAAGCAGCUCGACGUGUCGGGCUUCAAGGGCCUGGAUAUGGUCCUGACUGAUUUCCCUGAGCCGUUGGCCCUGGAGAGCGUGAUGGUGGCCAGCACCCCCGCUGAGCCGGUAGAACAGGAUAUAGACCAUCUUGUCAUUGUCCAUUCAUCCCCUCAGGACACCCUCGCCCAAGCCAUCGAACAGGAAUUCCUAGUCCAGGGCAAACUCACAGCCAGCAAUAUCAGCCACUACACCCUCUCCUCCCUCCCAGAGCCCGAAGACACCAUCACCUCAAGGAACACGGCCUACCUCGUCCUCGAGGAAGUCCAAACCGCCAUUCUAACAGACAUGCGCCCCGAGCAAUUCUCCGGCCUGAAGCGCCUCGUCACCUCCGCCUCCAGCAUCCUCUGGGUCACAGGCGGCGACCUCCUCUCGGGCCGCUCGCCCUCCCUAGCCCUCGCCCACGGGCUCAACACCGUGCUGAUGAACGAGCACUCAGCACGCAACCUGCGCUUCGCAGCACUGGACCUCGACUACACCAACGCCAGCCACGCCAGCCACGUCCCCGCCGUUGCACGGACACUCACAGCCGCCAGUGUGGCCGUCGCGGCGGCCACCACGCGCGCCGACUGCGAGACGGACUUUAUGCUCAAGGACGGCGUCCUGCACAUCUGCCGCGUGGCGCCGGAUAUGGCGCUGAACUCGGAAUUCACGCUCGACACGGGCAGUGACGGGCGUGCGGACCAGGAGUUCCCGGCUGAGGGGAAUGUGCAGCUUGCGAUGGGGACGCCGGGGCUGCUGGAUACGGUGUAUUUCCGCGAGAGGCCAACGUGUGAUAUGGCGUUGGGGGAUGAGGAGGUUGAGAUUAGAGUCCAGGCGGUUGGAUUGAAUAUGAAGGACUACGUGAUUGCAAUGGGCAACUUCGAGAGCGUCAAGUCCAGCAACGAGAGCACCGGGUAUGUUGCGCGGGUUGGACGCAGCGUCUCGCAUCUGCAGCCCGGCGACAAGGUCAUCUGUCUAGAACGAGGCCACUAUGAUACAUUCCUGCGCAGCCCGGCGCAGAAGUGUCUGAGGCUGGCGGACGACGCGGACCUCGUUGCGAUGGCCACUGUCGGAAUCGCGCAUGGCACGGCCAUCUAUGCUCUGGACUACCUGGCGCAGCUGGAGGCCGGCGAGAGCGUGCUCAUCCAGGCCGCUACGGGUGGUCUGGGUCUGGCGGCUAUCCAGUAUGCGAAGCAUAUCGGCGCAGAGAUCUACGCGACAGUUGGGACGCAGCAGAAGAAAGACUACUUGAUAUCAGAGUGUGGCAUCCCGGAGGAGCGCAUCUUCUGGUCACGCUCGCUGCAGUAUAAGGACGCACUGCUGAAGCAGACCAAGGGCCGGGGGGUGGAUGUUGCUCUCUCGACAAUUUCCGGGCCUGGGUUCCAUGAGACGCUCAAGUGUCUGGCGCCUUGUGGACGGUUUGUUGAUGUUGGGAGAGGAAAUGUGCUGGAUAAGGGCUCGAUGGGGCUGCACGUCUUCGACCGGAGCAUCAGCUUCUUCUCGUUCGACCUGAACUUGGUUCUGGAGGAGAAGCCACGCAUUGCGCAGAGACUCUUGUCCGAUGCGAUGCGCCUCCUGGAUUUGGGCCGCAUCACGCCUAUCAGACUGGACAAGACCUUCCACAUCACCGAGAUGGAGAACGCCCUCCGCUACUUCGGCCAGGGCCAGCACAUCGGCAAGGUCGUCUUGACGUACGGGCCCUCCGACAACAAGAUCACCAUAAAGGGCGCUCGCCAGCCACGCGGUGUCGACAACCAGUCCAGCUACCUGCUCGUCGGAUGCCACGGAGGGCUGGGCCACAGCAUGGCCGACUCGCUCAUCGAACGAGGCGCCAGGAACCUCGUCUUCCUGGGCCGGUCGAGCGAGACGAAGCGCGAGAUUGCCUCGUUCUGCAAGCGCGCACGCAGCAACGGGGUCAACAUCGUGACGAUCCAAGGCGACGCCUCGAAGAUGGAAGAUGUCGAGCGAGCAGUCGCGCAAGCCAUCUCCAUGGGGCCCCUGAAGGGCGUCGUCCACGCAGCUAUGGUCCUGCAAGACGCCUUCUUCGACACCAUGACCCUGGACCAGUUCAACAUCGCUGUGCGGCCCAAGGUCCACGGAGCCCUGAACCUCCACCGUGCGACGAUCCAAGCCCACGCUGCCCUCGACUUCUUCUUCAUGACCAGCUCCGCCGUCACAUAUGUCGGGCACAUCUCGCAGGCCAACUACGCGGCGGCGAACACCGUCCUCGACAACCUCGUGCGCCAGCGCAUCCGCCACGGACUGCCCGCUGUGACGGUCUCGCUGGGCCCGAUCAAGGGCGUCGGCACCCUGAACAACAAGCCCGAGUACGCGGAGAACCUGCUGCGAUCAGGCCUGAUCGAGGCCGAGGAGUCCGAGUUCAUUCGGCACUUUGAGCGCUUCACGACGCACACACAGCCAGAGUCCAAGCAGUUCGACCCGCUGACGCAGGGCCAUAUCCUCACGGGGGUGGAGUACGCAAAGCACGACCUCAGCAUGGUGCAGGUGAGUCGGAUCGAGCAGGACCGGCGCUCGGCGCUGCUCGUCACGACGCUCGAGUCGCGCAAGGCUGCCGCUGGGGGAGCCGGGCAUGGCGAUGCAGCGGCCGACGGCAGCGGUGAUGACCAGCUCAUCGCGGAUCUCCCUGAUGACCGGGACAAGGCGGUUAUUGUCCUUGCGGAGGCGAUUGGGCGGCGUCUGGCCAAGCUGUUGUUCAUUCCUCCCGAGGAUAUCGAUAUCAGCCGGCCGUUCUCGCACUUUGGCUUUGAUAGUAUGUCCGGUAGUGAGCUGAUUCACUGGUUAAGUCAGAGGUUUGGGGUCGGUAUGUCCUUCUUGCAGCUGCUUGCGCCAGCUUGCACUCCGAAGAGUCUCGCUGGGACGGUGUAUGAGACGCUUCUCAAGAACAAGGCGCUGCCGGCCGCGAAUGGCACGGAGGAGAAACCCAACGGAGUGAAUGGGACAUCGCAGGAGAAAACUAACGGGGUGAAUGGGCAUGCUGUGGCCAAUGGUUCUAGUCAUGAUGCCAAUGGUGUUGAUGCCAAUGGUGUUGAUAGUACGCCCAAUGGUCGUACUCAUACAGAUGUCGUCGUCAGCAACGGCUCAAAGACCAAGAUGGACAAGUUCACGCAGGCAGUUCGAGCAGCCAUUGCCGAUCCGAAGCCCGUCAUGCACUCAUACGUGUGCACUGUUGUCGGCCGCAAGGGCGAGCAACUCUACAGCCUCUCCGAAGGCACGAUGGCGCCAGGAUCCAGCGACAACGCCGACUUCGAUUCGCUCUACUGCAUGGCAUCCCUCUCCAAGCUCAUCACCACGGUAGGCGUCAUGAUCUGCGUCGAGCGCGGCCAGAUCUCCCUCGACGACGACGUGGCGUCCAUCCUGCCAGACCUAUGCUCCCUGCCUGUCCUCGACGGCGUUGACGCCGAUGGGAAAUACCGGACCAAGAAGCGCACCAAGCCCAUCACCCUGCGCCUGCUGAUGAGCCAUCAAAGCGGCUGUGGCUACGACGAGAGCCCCGGGCUGCCCCGGUGGGCGCGACAGCACGGCAUCACUACUAAGACAUUCGACAGUGACUUCGAAGCCAUGAAGACCUACCCGCUCCUCUUCGAGCCCGGCGAGGGCUGGAUGUACGGCUCCGGCAUGGACUGGGCCGGCGAGCUCGUCGCCCGCAUCAACGACACCACCCUCGAGGACUUCCUGCGCACCAACGUCUGGGAGCCUCUCGCGAUGGACUCAACAACCUUCCACCCAGAGCACCGCCCAGAGCUCCUCCGCCGUAUCGUACCCACCUACCAACGCACGGAGGACCAAAGCCUCGCCCCGUGCGAGCCCCUCUCGCGCAUCCCCGCGCUCCACGACUGCGCCGGCCAUGGCAUCUGGUCUACCCCCCGCGACUGGACUCGGUUCCUCUCAAUGAUCCUCGCCGACGGCGCUCCCCUCAUCACCCGUUCCAGCAUCGAGGAGAUCUUCCGCCCCCAGACGGCCGACGUCCCCGAGCUCCAAGCCCUGCUCUCCGGCCCGCUGCGCGCGUCCCUCCUCUCGACCGCAGCAAUGGAAGCAACCAACAUUGAGAUCGCGCUGGGCGGUCCCGUCUAUCUAGACUCAAUCCCUGGCAAGCGCUCUGCUGGAUCGCUGCAGUGGGCGGGCCGGCCGAAUCUGUUCUGGUGGAUUGAUCGUGCCAGGGGCGUUGCUGCGACCACGUUUACCCAGGUUAUCUCACCCGCUGAUGCGCGGUUUGCGGCGUUGACGAAUGCUUUGGAGAUGGGUGUUUAUGCGGAGCUUGCUUAGGAUAUAAUUUUGUUUUUAGUGGUUGUACUAUGGCCAGGGUAUGCUUAGUCCUGCCAAUGUCAUUUUUCAAUUGCAUACACUGUAACUUUCAUUGUCUCCUCUGUACUGAGUAGAGGACGUACAAUUCUUACAGGCUUAUGAUAUAGUCCAGAAA